ACAACAAUCCUAUGUUUGACGUCAAAUACCUUUACAUCGAUCAGUCUAGCUCUCUUACAGUCAGAGUACUCGGGCUAGAUUCGAGCCGUUUCUUGUUCAUACGGACUAGCACUGUUCCAGAACUAGGUUUUAGUAGGACCAAGAUUCCCGGCCCAAACGUAAACGGAUAUGACGUUUUUAUGAACCAACUUCGACCUGUCAAUGUUGAGACAACGGAUGUGAAAACAAUUUGACUAAAACGAGGAAUUACGAUCUUCAUCUCCAUCGUACAUGUUUGCUGGAGUGCAACUUGAUGAUGUUUAUGUUUCUUAAGAGGAAUAUCUUAAUGAUGUCAUGAGUUCAUUCGUGGUAAUAUUCAUCAGUGCCAGUGUGUUUGGGUAUUCACUGAUUUGGGCUCAAAUGGACCGGCCUCAGGUUGAAACGGGUACAUACAUCGAACACAUACCUGCUUACUUCUUGUGUACAGCACUAACUAGGGGCGGGAAUGCAUCAGUGAAACUAAGCAUAAUGAAAAAACGCCCUCAGUCCAUAACACCAGUUCAUGCGACAAACUACUCGAUGACGGAAUUAUUUCCUGGGAUGUGGGAGACGCUGCUGAAUUACAGUUUUACUCCAGAUCGUAGCAUGAAUUGGCGUCCUCCUGCGGAGUUCGAUUGCGUUGCAACAUAUGGCCAGCAGAAGGAGCACAUCACCCAAAUAAUUAGCAUAGCAGUAAAACCGAGAGGACUAGAGGUUGAUGUUCCAGUUGUUUUAGAGGCAUACACAAGUGUCAACAUAGCUUGUGAGGUGAAGAGUGGGUUUGGUCAGUUCUCGCUUAAAUGGUACCUGGAUGGCGUCGAGUUGAUUGGAUCUGAAGAGAGGACAACGAAUCGCGACCUUACCGUUAACAUCCUAAAUACACUGACGUUGUCUCUGUUUCCAACACACAACAAGCGGAAGCUCAUGUGCAAGGUGCACCAGGGUACUAUUUACAGCAAAAACAUCACGCACAUAUUGACUGUGCAAUAUGUUCCUGUUGUGCAUGCACCUGCUUUAAACUACACCAUUGUGGAAGGAGGCACCGUCAGUCUGGAGUGCAUCGUCCAGUCAGAACCGCCCAGCACGAUAUCAUGGACUAAAGAUGGCGUCCCUAUCGACAAAGACUCUCGUCGAUACCUACAUGGAACGACAGAUCGGCCUUCCUUGACAUUGCUGGAUCUGACAAUAGCUGACAUGGGAAUAUACGCCUGCUCCGCUACAAACAUCAAAGGAAGAAACACGAGUGAAAAUAUCGCCCUUGAUGUAAUUUAUUUAGCUAAACCUGACAAUGUCAAAUAUACCGUGGUAGUAUCUGCUGGUGAGAUUGCCGAAUUGACGUGCUCUGUGAAGGCUAAACCGAAGGUGACCAGCUUCAUUUGGCGUCACGGCGGCAAGACGUUACCCGAAAAUGGGAGGACACUCUUCGUAAAUACGUCUGAUUUCAUGACGUCCGCUGGCGAUUACGAGUGUUUAGCCAUUAACGACGUCGGCACGGCGGAACCUAUAGUGUUUAAACUGACAGUAAGAGAAGAAGGAAGUCCUAUUGAUUGGAGUAUUGUCUUAGCAAUUGUUGCACCCAUUGUUCUACUUUGCCUUUUUGGCCUGGCCUUGUUUUUGUUCAGAAAAGGUUAUUAUUCGAAGAAAGAGCCUCAAAGUCAAGAACCAGAACCUGACCAAUCGGUUCCACUAUAUGAUUUACCUAAAGAUCCCCCUGAGCCUCCUGAUCAUCUUGUUAAUAAAACAAUGCCGACAUCUUCAUAUGUUUUGCCUAAAGAUCCUCCUCCCCCUGUUAUAAGUCAAUUGCCGUCAUCUUCAUAUAUGUUGUCUCCUUCUCCUAUUUAUUUACUGAAACUUCCGACAUCGCCAUCCACCAAACCUACAACAUCAACAGCACCUAUGUCUCCAAGUAAGUACCUAAACUCGAAAGUGUCGACAGCAUUCAAAAGGAAAGCACUUGAAAAAACCCUGUUCCAGAAAACCCUGUUCCAAACAACCCACGUUUCCAGAAAAAAGGACUCGUUAUUCCCAUUUGGAACGUGCAGAAAGAGAACGACUCAGAGCAGCUGCCGCUUUAAAAACAGAAAACAUGGCUAACAAAACUGGAGAAACGUCUUGUAAGCAUGACCGUAGCACAUGGGAACCCGACUUCGGAACCUGAUUAAAAGUCGACUUUGACGUAGCAGUAAUUAUUCUCUGUGAUGAAAUGUUAUCGAUGUUGGAAAAUCGUCUGAACCAGCGAGGAGGAGUUGAGGGUUCAUGACUAUGUCAGCCAGGACAACCUACGGCCAGGGAUGAGACUACCGAUACAGUCUACAGUUGCUUGCCAAAUACAAAAAGGAACACAACUAUUACGUGAUAUUCUGGAUAACAAUGUUACAUGUAUCCACUGUUGUGGACAGGUCGAAUACAUUAAGGAGUCGUGAUGCGUAAUUCGAACACAUGGCGAUGCAAGCAUCGUUUCUGAACUAAAUUUAAAAGUGCAUCUAUGAUUGCAGUGUACCUAUGGCUUGGUCAGAGCUCACGAACAAUUCAAUCGGGACUCAAAAACCAUUCAAGCGAGUAUCAUGAAAAUGCCUUUGGCAGUUAUGAAAGACACUACCUUGCAUGCACAGAGUUCGCUUUCGAAAUUUGACAUUGUGUCCCACGACAACCAUACUUGAACAGUAGUCUGAUGAAAGUAUACUAAAAAUUACUCACACGUAUUCACACUGCAUAUAGAUGACAAUAUCUAAGAUUUGGAUGUGACUACAUGUAAACACUAUUCAUUUCAAUUUAAGCCAUUUACCAUUUUUAGGCCUGUUUACUAUGCCUGCAUAGUUGAUGUAGAAUGAGAAUAUUUUUGGAAACAAAUACUAACGACAAUGAAAAUUCAUGAGCUAUGAGACAGGUGCAGGUGGUGGGGUGGGGGGGGGGGGUGGGUGGGAGGGUGGGGCGACUGCCUCCCCCCAGAACUGGAGCAAAUCCUCAAAUUCGGGCAAAACCGAUACAUAUAUUUGGGCGAACUGAGCUUGCCUGAAACCUUUUUAACGUGUGUGUAUGUUCAUCAUUCUACCCACAAUAUUAGUUGUACUCCAUGUAAAAAUGGGCAGUGAUUCAUUUGUAACACUAUAUAGCAGUUUUUGAUUUUUUACUUUUUGAAAAAUAUCUCCGAGCCCUGAAUCAUACAGAAUGUUGAAAGUAUUUAUCGAUAAAAUGCCUCUCUUUUUUUUUCCCCCUUUCUUUUUAAUGUUAAUUUGAAUAGGUCAAUCCUUUAUCAUUAAGACUACAAACUUAAGUGUGAGGAUGCACACACUAGUGAGUAUACAGUAUUUAUCAUGAAGUUAUAUCUGUGUGUCCGUUCUAUUACAGAUAUACAAACACGUGACUAGACUUGCUAAUUAUUUAUCAGUGUUGUAUUUUAUAUCCGAUGAUAGUUGAUAAUUAUCAUGCCAUUUUAUGCUGGAAAUAAACAAGGUCUUAUAAAA